CGUCAAAAUCAAAUUGACAAUUCGCCGCUCGGUUGAUCUCGCGACGCGGAAUACGAUAGUUUCAAAGAACGCUUAACCUUUAAAUUUCAAGAAAUUAUUGUUUUGGUUAUUUACCAGAAAAGCAUCAUGAGUUUAGCAACCAGUAAUACUAAUGCAGCAAGUGGAAUCCCAGAUAAACACUGGCAGCCUCCAUUUGUUGUUCUUGAAACUUCAAUGGGCGAAAUCGUUGUUGAGCUGUAUUGGAAACAUGCCCCUAUUACCUGCAGAAACUUUGCAGAAUUGGCAAGAAGGGGAUACUAUCACAACACAAAGUUCCACAGAAUCAUUCGAGAUUUUAUGAUACAAGGUGGAGAUCCCACUGGUACAGGAAAAGGUGGCAUGUCCAUCUAUGGAGAAUGCUUUGAUGAUGAAAUUCAUGAAGACUUGAAGCACACAGGAGCAGGAAUAUUAUCCAUGGCAAAUUCUGGACCAGACAGUAAUGGGUCUCAAUUCUUCAUUACCUUAGCUCCAACGCAAUGGCUUGAUGGAAAACAUGCUAUUUUUGGAAGAAUAUACAGUGGCAUGCCAAUUGUACAAAGAAUAGGAUUGGUGGAGACAGAUAAAAAUGACAGACCAAUUGAUGAUGUUAAAAUAAUAAAAGCUCAUGUUAAAAACCCAUAAGGUCAAAAUUGUAAAUUAUAUAAAUAUUAUAUAA